AGGAGGGUGGUGGACAAUAAACAAGAUGGAUAACAGAUAUGAUAGGACGGCCAGUGAUGUCAAGUUCUAAGGAGGAGAAGAGUAUGCAGGGGCCCCCGAGACGACCCCCAUAUUCGGUGAUUUGCUAGGAGGACUCAGGACUGAGUAUCUAAGUUGUACUCACAGAUGUGAUUUUUUUUUUAAGCUAAUGAAUUGCCACUUACUGGGGCUUUAUUUUAUUUUAUUUUUAAUUUAUUUUUGGCCACGUUGAGUCUUCGUUGCUGCGCGCGGGCUUUCUCUAGUUGCGGCGAGCAGGGGCUACUCUUCGUUGCGGUGCGCGGGCUUAUUGCGGUGGCUUCUCUUGUUGUAGAGCACGGGCUCUAGGCACGUGGGCUUCAGUAGUUGUGGCACGCGGGCUCAGUAGUUGUGGCUCAUGGGCUUAGUUGCUCUGCAGCAUGUGGGAUCUUCUCGGACCGGGGAUCGAACCCCUGUUCCCUGCAUUGGCAGACAGAUUCUUAACCACUGCGCCACCAGGGAAGUCCCCAGAUGUGAUUUAUUAUCAUGAAAGACUAUGAAGCAAAAUCAGCAAAGGAAAAAGGCACAUGGGGCGAAAUCCAGAGGAAACCGGGCACAAGCCGCCCAGAGUCCUCUCCCAGUGGAGUCACCUGGAUUGAGUGUAAUACCCCCAGCAGUGAAAUGUUGUCUUUGGGGAAGCUCAUCAGAGACUUAUUACCCAGAAGGAAAGCAGUUGUUCAGAAUAAACAACAUCGUUUGCACAGACAGUUUAGACACGAGAGCCACUCUUUCAGGGAGUGGUGAGAACCGUGCUGAAACCCAGGUUCCCAGAUACCAGCCAAGGGCCACUACGCAAGCAGGCCUCUCUAAGGACAGCAGUCUUGGGCCUACUCUGUUAACUCUUCCUCACAGAGAAAGUUCUGGAGAUGAGUUAUAGUUUAAAGAAGACCUCCCUGAGAUGACGUUGAAUGAAGACUUAAAUUGAGUGAGGGAGCCGCCGCAGAUCUUUUGGAGGAAGAAUGUUCUGGUGCAAAGGCCCAGAGACAGCACUGUGCCCGGAGGUUUGAGGAACAGCGAGGAGGCCGGGCCAGCUCCACCAUGGACUGUAGCUGCGUCUCCGACCUUCUCUUCGCCCCGCCUGCCCUGCCGGCUCUCUGGACCCCUGUCAGAGUCGCCUGAAUCCAACCCCUUCCUGAAAAACUUGGCUAAAAACUUCACAGCUAGAUGUCCCUGCCACCUGCCUGCUGGGACGCGAGCGUCUUUUGGAUGGCAGGGUUUGCCUUCCCGGAUUGGGCGUACAAGCCGGAGUCGUCCCCCGGCUCGAGGCAGAUCCAGCUGUGGCACUUUAUCCUGGAGCUGCUGCAGAAGGAGGAGUACCAGGGUGUCAUCGCCUGGCAGGGGGACUACGGGGAAUUCGUCAUCAAGGACCCCGACGAGGUGGCUCGGCUCUGGGGCAUCCGGAAGUGCAAGCCCCACAUGAACUAUGACAAGCUGAGCCGGGCCCUGCGUUACUACUACAACAAGCGGAUUCUCCACAAGACCAAAGGGAAGCGGUUCACCUACAAGUUCAACUUCAGCAAAGUCGUGCUUGUCAAUUACCCACUGUUGGACGUGGCGGCAGCCACCACGGGCUCUCCACUCUUGCUGACCCCGGGUCCCUUUGGGGGAGCCCCUGGGCCAGAUGCUCCUCCCCUCACCCCCGAGACCCUGCAGACCCUGUUCUCUGCCCCACGCCUGGGAGAGCCGGCGGCCCGGGCACCCCUGUUCACCCCCGAGACAGACAAACUGCGUCUGGACAGCCCUUUCCCGUUCCUGGGCUCUGGUGCCACCGGCUAUUCCAAGCCCCCCGGCCUGCUGGGUCCCUUCGGCCGCGCCUUCCCAGAGCACCCCUGGAACUUUAGCCCGUACCUCACCGGCCCCUUCCCCAAGCUGCCCCCGCCUCUCUACCCGCCCCACUUCUACCCCAACCCUCUGGCCGGUUCCCUGGGCCACCUGCCCGCAGCAGGGGCAGGGGGAAGCCCCAGCGCUGCGCCCCUGCUGGCUGCCGCCGCGGAGGGCCUGGGCCCCGAGCGCCCCUCGGGCCUGGCAGCAGCCCCUCGCCUGGCACUGCCGAGGGCUGGGGGCCCAGAGGCCGCGCUGGGGGGCAAGGACAGCGACUCGGAGCUGGAGAUUACCGACGUCAGCGGCUGCAGCUCUGACAGCGAGGGAGAGGAGGGCCUCCCCGCGCCCUCCAAGGCCAAGGCGGGCAAAGGGGGUGUCGGCAGCUGAGCCCGGGUGAUGGAUUCUGCCAGGGCGGGGACCGGGGUGGCCGCUCGCACGGCCUCUUCUGUUGUCUGGUCUGCUCUCGAUGUCCUGCCUGAGGCCGGGGAACAGCCUUCGGCCCCUCCCAGGCCCAGGCCCACGGCGGCCCCCGUCUUCUUCCCCAGCCCCAGACUGGGGGUCUCACCUCCCCCUCCAGAGAGGGGAGGGGACACGAUGGCCUCCAGCUUCCUCCCCAGGCUCCAGUUUGAGGGGGUCCCCACCUGGCCCACUCCCAAAGUGCAAUACGGCGCCCAGCCUUCCCUGCCCACCUGCCCCUGUGCUGUGACCUAAGUGUUCGUGCGGCCGUGUCUCCCCCUGUGCCGGCCCCAGUCCUGAUGCCCCCGCCUCCAUCACAGGCCCCCUGGGGACAGGGAGCUCAGAGCAAU